CUUUUCUAUAGAAGCGCUGCUUAUAUUAGCUUAAUGUAAAAAUUGAAAAACUUUAAACGCAAAUAUAUCAAAAGUGGUUUAAUGAAUUUAAAAUCUGUAAAAUUCGUAUCUCUGGAAAUAAGCGCCUUGUCUUAGAAUAAUAUAUAGAUGAACAAACUAAAAGAGCGCAAUUUGUAUGUAAUACUCGCCUGCAUACUAAGUCAACUGAUCAUUAACAACAAAUUUCUGUUGGCGCACACUACCGAAAUGCAGUUAAUCGAAACUACUGUUGAACCAUUCUCCACUUGGCCCCCCGAUUGCUUUGGCGAUGAGAAGACUGCUUGUGAUUGCCUUAGCAGUGGGGAUCUUUCGUGUAAAAUGUACGACGGACAUACUAUUUACAUCGACUUUUCGGAAAACCGUCGGUAUCUGUGGGUAGAGUGUUACUCUGAAGUAACAGAAACUAAUAUCGAUUACCUACUCAAACACAAAUUUCAGUCAAUUUUACUUAAAACACGUUAUAUCGGAGUGAAAGAUUGCAUGAAUUUUACACACGAAAUCUGUAUGAAUGACAAAGUGUGGGAAAUUCUAAUAGAAAUGACUGAGCUGAAUAAAGUAACAGUAGUACAUAACACUGACCUUGCUGCAGAAUCAACGGUAUAUUAUGGUCCAACCACGGAAGUGACUCACCUGCAAUUGAUUACUAAAUCAAAUCGAAAUGAAAUUCGGGAAGCAAAUAUUAUAAGCAUACCAACUAGCAGACUUUAUAGGCCGAAUAAAGUGGAAACGCUUACGCUUAGCGUACAAGGUCUAAGUAACCAGUACUUAUCGCUGCAAAACUUGACGCAAACAUACUUUAAGAACUUCACUGCGCUAAAACAGCUUGACUUAUCCGGUAAUAAUAUGAGAAUGUUGGACGCCAACAUCUUUGCACCGCUAACGCAAUUGAAUUGUCUGAUCUUGAGCCGUAAUGAAAUCAGGGAAUUGCCCGAAAGUCUAUUUGCAUAUCAGCGUCAACUUUUAGUACUGGAUCUGAGUCACAAUUUAUUGGAAUAUUUAACGCCACACAUUUUCGAACAUACACCUUGGCUAUGGCAGUUGAAACUUGCUGGCAAUCACCUGCACGACAUCACAAAUCUUAUGGAAAAUCUGAUACCGCUGAAUUAUCUACAUAGGCUAGACAUAAGCCAGAACCAACUGCAAACUAUUUGGAGCACCAAGACUUCCGUCAAUAAAAUACCGAGAUUACUGACAAAAUUUCGAAACAGCAUGAGUUCGGUUUUAGAAGACAGUCUAAAUUAUAUUACGAAGUUGCAGCCAGAAAAUUACGAAAGUGACAAGGUUAACUCAACAGUAAUCAAUUUAAGUGGCAAUCGUUUGCGCGAAUUCACUUUGGAUUGGCUUACAUGCCCUUUUGAAAUAAAUUUAGAACACAAUCUGAUUGAAAACAUUUUCUCUUCACAAAAUUUCUCCAGUACAACUGCUGAUUGUGGGGCCAAAAUCAGUCUAACUGGUAAUCCGAUCGCGUGCGAUUGUAAAUUGGCUUGGCUUUACAGUGAAAACUAUCGUUCGUUGUUCAAUGGUUCACAGUGCGUUCAGACGUCAACAAAUUUCGAGCAGCUGGAACGUAAAGAACUGUGUGAACCAGUAAUGUGCCCCAGCGAAUGCAAUUGUUACACACAAUUUGAAUUUCUGCACAUCAAUUGCGUGGGUGUGCAGCACAUCGAACAGCUCCCACGCCCCGAGCAAGUUGGGCUCAAGAGUUCGGUACUCGAUAUAAGCAAUAACAAUUUUACUGUAUUGCCGUUAAACACCACCUUCGGCUAUGGUAUUGUUUCGCAACUCAACGCGUCGCACAAUAAAAUCACGAGCAUUAAUAUCAGUCAACUGCCAACUAAUUUGACGGUUUUGGAUGUACGAAAUAAUAACUUAAAAUCUUUGAGUGAAGAAUUUUUGCGUACAUACCUUAAUGACAGCACAAAAAUACAAUGUCUCUAUCUAAGUAAAAAUGAUUGGUUUUGUAACUGUUCCACACAACAAUUGGUGUACACCAUACGUACACAUCGGACACGCAUACCCGAUGCCGACCAGUUACUCUGUGCUAAUCUGCUGAACGAUACACGCCUAAUAGACAAUGUGAGAGAAAUGUGUCCAACUCCUCUUAAAGUUGAAUAUUAUCAAAACUUGAAUGCAACUGUGAUUAGUGUAGCGUUAACCAUUAUUGUUUUACUUUGCAUUAUCGCACUCUUUUAUAAAUAUAAAUUAGAAGUGGAAGUCUGGUUAUAUAGCCACAACAUAUUGAGAUUUUGCAUUAGCGAAUGUGAGCUGGAUAAGCAUAAAACAUUCGAUGCGUUUAUUUCAUAUGCACACCAGGAUGCAGACUUCGUCAACCAUACAUUACUGCCGCAACUCGAACAGUGCGAACCACCAUUUCGUGUAUGCACACACGAACGCAAUUGGCUGGCUGGCGCUUAUAUACCUGAACAAAUCAUCGAAUCGGUGGAUCAGUCGCGUCGGACGAUCAUUGUGCUUUCGCAGCACUUUAUCGAGUCGGAUUGGGCGCGCAUGGAGUUUCGCACAGCGCAUCAGUGCUCGUUGAACGAGGGUCGUGCGCGCAUAAUAAUGAUUAAAUAUGGCGAAAUCACGAAAACUGACUUAUUGGAUAAAGAGCUAAGGGCAUAUUUGGAUAUGAAUACUUAUCUAGAUUGGCAAGACGUCAGAUUUUGGGACAAGUUACGCUACGCCAUGCCACAUAAAAGGCGUGGAAAAAAGAGUUCCGAUAUGCUAAAAACUAACGGCAGAAUGUAUGUUAUGGGACAAGUUGAGAUGAAUCGGUUGCGUGAAGAAAUUGUUUAA